GGUAAAGGUCAUCCUAAUUGUUGAAUGUCUAUACUUGACAUCGACUCUGUCUUUGUACUGUUCAACUGUUGUUUAUAAUUUUUUGUAAUCAAUUUUUCCAAAUUCGUACUUGUGUAGCUGUGUCUUACAAAUUUGUAUUGUAACUUGUAUUGUAAGGUGCAAUUGAUUUUUUUUAUCAUUAAAAUAUCUAUUGAAUAUUUAAAUUAAAAUGGUGAACAAAUGUAGCAUUCGAGGAUGUCCUACGGUUCCUUCAAAAGCUACACCAAUGCAUAGUAUUCCUAAAAAUGAAGAACUGGGUAAUUUGUGGCUCAGUGCUAUUAGGAAAGUGGAUAUUAACUUUAAAAACUCAAAGUAUUCCAAAGUUUGUUUUUUACAUUUUGAAGAAAAUGACUAUACUUUGAGCCUGGUUAAUAACAAGAAAGUUCUGAAAAAAAAUGCUGUGCACAGUAUUUUUACAUUUACAAAAAUUCGUAAAGAACUAUUUCCCAAGACUGUGUGUGACACAAAUAUUGGAACGAUUGAUGUACCUUGUUUGGAGACAGAUAAUUCAAUUCCUUUGAGAGACCAAGAUCUAUCGGAAGAGGUAAAUAAUGUUAUAGAAGUAAGUAUGGCUGAGUUGGAAAAUAGCAUUGUUAUGCAAGAAUCAAAUCUAUCUGAAGAGGUAGAUACUAUUGAAAUAAGUAUGGCUGAUUUGGACAAGAGUACCAUUAUGCAAGAAUCAAGUACCAGUGUAUUUGAUUGUCAACCUGAGGCAUCAACUUUGAGGAGAGGGAAAAGUCCAUUAAAUCAAAAAGCCAGUAAGAGAAAACAUUAUGUUGGUGAUUUUAAACUGGACGACUUAGAUUCACCAAACAGGAGGUAUAAAUAUUGUUUGGCAACCAAAAGAGAACGUAAAGCAAAGAACGAUAAAAUUUCUCAGAUAUAUCUGAGAUCACAUCAUGAUCAGCAGUAUCCUCCUCUUCAACAUCAACCUCCUCUUCAAUUAUAUAAUCAUUUAGUAAACAAGUAUCAUCUUCCAAUAAUUUUAUUGACAACUCUUUAUUAUUUGCCCAACAAUUAA